CCGAGACCCUUGAUCUGAUUGUUGCUGUUUCGACCGAACGACUGGGCAAGGGCCACAGAGAGAAGGACAGUUGGCAAAACGAAUUGAUGCAGAGACCCAGGGCGAGAAGACUCCACCCCAAGUGCCGCAGGUUCCGGGGUCCAGAGAUUCUGCCGUCAUCCGCCUGAAAACCUAGGUCCCCCAGACCACAGAUAAUUCCAGAGAGAUCAAUCAACUCCGUCGCUCUACAAGGUCCGCUGAUCACCAACUACUGUCCAUUGAUAUCCUUCUUCCAACCAAAGUCCGCUGGCCCAAUACCCUGCCAACCUCCACCUGCCACGCAGGACCCUCACACCUCCACUAGACAGAGCCUGCUGAGAGCCACCAUCUAAGGCUCACUUACAGACCUACCGAACUUCCCCACCCACCCAAAACCCACCACACACCCAGGACCUGUCCGUUCCUCUCUCUUCCAUCUCCCAGGCCCCCCACUUCUCACACCAGCCCUCCCAGCACUCCGCCUCCACCGCACCCCGCAGAGCAAGGCCGCGCCAUGCAGGGCGACGCGAUGGCUUUCGCGAGCCGUGUGCGCGAGUGGAGCCGUGCCGAGUGCUACCACGCCCAGUGCCGCCACUCGUCGCUCAUUUUCUACCGCGCCGUGCGCGACCGCCGGCCGCCGUGGGCCCUGGAGGAGCUGCGCACGAUGGGGGUGUUCCACUGGGAGCGGGGUCCGCAUGCGUCACGUGCCGCCUACACCCCCAGCGAGGCGCUGCUCUAUGCCAUCGUUCACGACCACCGCGCCUACGCGCGACACCUCCUCGGUGACGGGCCCUGCCUCGCGGCGACGCAGGGUCAGCAGAUGCUCAACUGGCAGGGAGAUCUCGAGAACCAAGAGAGAUCAAUGGAACACCAGCAAGUAGCUUCGAAUAUUCAACAGGAGGCUCAAGACCAGGACUAUCAAACCCACCAAAAGCUUCAGCAGAAGCUGAGCCCCCCUUCUGCCCUGGCCCCACCGGGCCCCGCGUUUGGCGCGUCACACCUGGCCACGGCUGUACGCUACGACCGCGUGGAGUUGCUGCUGUUGCUGCUGCGAGUGGCGCGUCGCUACUGCGACUCCUUUCGUCUCUCCGACUACGUGAACGCGGCCGAGGUGACGCCCACGUGGGGCCCUGGAGCCGGCAGGACCCCGCUGCACCUGGCGUGCCAGCUCGCCAAGUCCGAGUGCACGCGCAUCCUUCUCGCGCACGGGGCGCGGGCCGAUGUGGCGGACAUGCAGGGUGAGUUUCCGCUGGACGCCCUGCUCGAGCCCCUGGAAGGUCCCCUGGGGUCGUCCAAGCGAGAGGGAAAUGGGGGACCAGUUCCCCCUGGGUGUAGGGCUUGUCAAAUUAAUAAUAACCAUCACCAAAUCCACACCCAUCGUCGUAGUUCACUGACCAACCAGGACCUCCACCAGAGGGCCUCCCAGGUCCGGCACGAGACGGCCCACAGUGAACUUAACGAGAGGGUUGCCCGGAAUCUCAAUGAGCGGCCCUGCCAGGACCUCCACGAGUGGAACCGUGGCAACCUCAACGAGCGGGCUCACCAGGAUCUCCACGACUGGGCCCCCCACGACGCCCUGGCACGUGCCCGCUGCCUGGAGCUGCUGCUCCUCUUCUCGCCGUCCGGGGGUCGCGGCCCCCCCAGCUCAGGGUCUGCGCGUGCCCUACUGGAACGCGCGCCCGAGCGGUGGUGCGCGCUGCUGGGCACCGAGAUGUGGAUGCGUGCGCUGGGGCGCUCCCCACCAAGCCUGCGCACGUGCGCCCUGAGGGAGCUCCUACGCGGCGGGGAGCGUGCACGCAGCACCAUGCUCGAUUCCCUGCCCGUACGCCAUGGCAUCUAGCCUCGAUAUCCACGGAAGUUCCAGACAGGCGUCCAUGUAGCGGCACCAGAUGGGCUUCAUUGGAAGUUCCAGACUUCUUGUGGAAGCACCGGGAGAGACUUUCGUGAACGUUUCAAACUUCUGUGCAAGCUCUUGACAUCUGUGGAAGCCCCCGGACAGGCAUCCACUGAAGUUUGAGGCAUAUAUAGCAGGGCGAUUCCACGCCUUUAGUUCAGCACUUUAGUGGGUAAGGACUGGUGAAUCAUAAACAGAUUUUUUUUCGAGACUCCCAAAUGCACUGAUGCUGAGAGGUUUCUUCGAGAUGGUCAGUACAACAAGUGGGUUCAGCAAAUGGGUUAUGUGCGGACUUUUGCAUGCAAUCUUCCCAUAUGUUUCUUAGGUUUUUUUCAAGUACCCCAGAUUCCUCACAGAUGUAAUGCAAUGUUCAAAAGGUCAAAUAUCUGAAAGCUGGGCUCUCAUGGAAAAACAAGUGUCUGUGGAGGCUCAGUGACGCUCAACAAUACGAAACACCUGUGGAAACUCCUGACAUUUGUAAGCCUACCCCUGCGCCUGACAUCCACAGUAAUUUUAGACAUUGAUGUGUAAGACUCCUGAGACAAAUGCUAUCUUAUGAUAUCGGUGGGAUUAACUUGUAAUUGGCGGAAGUGCAGAGCAAACGACAUCCGUGGGAUUCCCAGAAGUAAGCACACAAACGUCUUUGCGAUGACGACAGAAAGUGUAGCCCAGUUGUUGCCUCGACUCCGGCCAAUGUAGCUCGUGUUGAGAGUUUGUUACGGAUGUCAGGCAAUGAGGAAUGCGGAACAUAUCGGACUUUAAAAGGGGGAUCGUGUGAACAGUGCAUUCAAUAAUGCAUGACGGGUUUUAUUUCUGACAAUAAUGUACCCUUUGGGUGCCAAAAAUGAAAACAAAUAGGAUUUGCUUUUGUUGUCGCUGAUUCAGCAGAUGCCUACGAGAAGGCAAUGGCCUCUUGUUUCAAUGUAGUCGUUCCACGCAUAUUAUGAAUUUUGCCACGACUGGUACAGCCGUCGCCGCACUGCUGCCUCGGCUUCCAAGAAUCUCACUCCUCCUUACACCCCCUUCCAAUAUCCAUUUGUGCAAGGGCACCACCAGACGUAAAUGACACAAUUGAUUAAGCAUCCAUUGCAACACCCUGGCGGUGCAACACUCUCCAUGUGACACGUAACUCUCACAUGAAACAUGCACUGCUAGAACUUAUGAAUGCAAAAUCAUCGUUUAUGGAGAUAUUUUUGUAGUUGCCACCGCAUGUAACAGCUGCUCACAUCGGAAUGUUUACUAAACGGAGAGUAUUUAAAGGUAUUGGUUGCCUCCUUGUAUUCCUAUUUUAAAACUAAGCCCACUAUGUGAGUGCAGAUUGGUAGAAAUGUAACGAGUCACUGAGACCCAAAUUUAAAUUGGUUCGUAUUCUCACGAUACUGCACGCGAACCUCCAUCGUGCACUUAAAAUUAUUGGUGGGUGCUCAGUGUCGCAACUAAACAGGCCAUGUGUGGCGGCGUCAUGGUCCAAAUCUGCCAAAUGCAACCAAAUUACUUGCAAAUUACCUAACUGGAACAACUAAUAGCGAACAUGGCCCCCUUGCUGGCAGACUAAUGCCCACCUGCAGGCAGGUGAUUGUUCACCUUGUGCCACACAGGGACAAGCUGCCAAUAGGGGGCUCAAUAGGCGAAAUAAAUAUAUAUAACUGCAGUGAGAGGUUUUGUUACGUUGUAGGUGCAAUAUAAAUACAAGUAUCAUUGUCAUUUUAUGCUUUUUAUACCACUAAAGAUUCCACAGAUGAAUGCCAUCUUGGAAUUAGUUUCACCAGAAUGGCAGAAAGAAUAUCGGUUCGAGAAAACAAUGAAUCUAUGAAUUUUGAUAACGCCUUGAAUCGUAGAGAGUGUGACUUAUUACAUCCCUACAGACGGACGACUGAGAAGGGAGACGGAAGACGUCAGACACGUUUAGAACCCCGCCUGCAUACCAUACAUAUCCAGCUGACACAAACAUUUGGUUGGAAAUGCUGUGCAGAGAAGCCGAGGUGGCUAGCAAGCAGGCUUUCAUUGGUGUUCUUUUUAUUAUCACAGUUGGCUGCUGUAGGACUAUUUUGGGCCUACAGUGCAAAGCGGCCAGCGAUUGAUACAUUGUUUCCACGGCACAGUUAACUCAAGUAAACUGGAGCUGGCCUGAGCUGGCCUGAUUUCUCCUCGUUGGUACAAAAAGAUAAAACUGAAAUUGGCGUUUUCAAGAUUUUCCUAGUUACUCGAGUUAUCACAUGAGAUUGGCAGGUCUUCCUUGAGAAAGUAAAGUCAGGGUAAGAUUCUCCUUGUUGUGUUAGUUGCUGGUAAAUUCAGUCCCGUCUCUUCUUCUAUGGCUGUCACUUCUCACGUGGUAUUCACAAACGGCAGGAGCAAAGGUUUUCUACGAAUUCUAAUGCGGCGUUCACUAGCACCGGAUGUACAAUUAAAUGUACCCGCCUACAUCUUUCAUUGACAUGUUUGGUGGCAUAUUUACGCUAACUCGAGUUGACAACAAUAGGGACAAACACAGCGGCAGCAACUCGAGUUCGUUCCAGAGUUACGUGGCUCGUGGAAACGCACGCGGCCGGAUGUCAAGUUUCUUAGGCCCUCGGAGCCUCCUGACUUCCGAGUCACAAUAUUUGUGGUCUUUGCCACAGACGUGGCUGUAGGGGAGAACAUUGCCGACCAGUUAGAUCCAGUGCAAAGGCUGCUCGUGGCAAGAAGACUGUAAUAGCUGGUAAUAGACAGCCUUACUAUUCAAGUCAAGGCCGUAAUUAUAAUAUAUAUUGGGGGGGACACAUCCCCCCCAAUAUUAAAAAUAUACUCAAAAUGUCCCCCCAAUAUAUUGCUAUAAAAUUGAUUUCUGUCUAUAUUAUUGUGGUUAUAGUUGUACUUUAUUAAUCCCUAAUCUCUGCCGUUACAUACAAUGAAACAAGAAAAGGUGAAAAAUAAAAAAAACAGAGCAAUAUAAUACAAUACACUAUUAGACAUUAUGGUAAAAAAUAAAUAAAAAGUCCAUCCAAUGUGUUAGUAAAUGUUUUUUUUUAUAUUUUAGAGAGGAACUUAGGUUUCAAAUUGAGACGUUUUUUUCUGGGGGGGGGGGACCCCUAGACCCCCUGGAAGAUUUGGUCCCCCCAAUGUUGACUCAAUGGCUACGGCCUUGAUUCAAGUGUAUGCCAUGAUGCUGUAGCUCUAUCUCAUCACCCCGUGCCUACCUGUUAUGUUGUUUGUUAUGUCACAUACGGAUGCCAACGGCACUUCUAAUACCAUUAGCAACAUGUCCGGUGCUCGAUACGUUCUUCCCAGAGUUUUGCGGCUACUUUGCAAGACCAGCUCUGUGCCAAUCUUAACCAAGAGCUGCUCAGUGUGCAGUCUGCAUGAAAUAAGUCCUGCGGUGAAUGCACGAUCGCACCCCCUCCAAGAACAGUUUAAUUUGUGCGCCGUUACUGAAACCUGUCACCAAGCAUUUACCAAAAUCCGACAAUCGCUCCCUUACAUUGCAAACAGAGCACAGCGGUGUGGCUCGUUAUGGGACUCGCCUUCCACAAUCGUGUCACACCUGCUCUUCGAAAGUUGCGCCGGCUCCCAGUUCACUUUUGCAUCGAGUAUAUACUCUGCUGCCUAUUAAUGCACAUGGCCUAUAUACACACCUGUCCAGUCUACUUGUCCAAAAAACCCUCACAACCCAUAUAAAAUCUCAUGUAUCACAGGCCGGUCCUCGCUCUGCAGACAAGCUCUUGACUACGUCGUCCCGCGUGUACAAAAUAAAAUUUGGGGAGCGGCGCAUUCUCAUACGCUGGGGCCAAGGCUUGGAACUCGCUGCCCAGCAAACUGCGUGCCACUUAAAAACGUAUAUAUAUUUUUUAAACUUCUAAAGUGUUAUAUUUUCAAUCUGGCUUUUAAUUGUUAAGAUCAGAAUAAUGUGAUGCGCUGCUGGUCAAUAUUGUACGCAACGCAAGAUAAGUUUAUUUUGUUAUUUUGCGCGAUGAUGCGGCCGAUGAGAACCAUUGCGUUUCUUGAAUUGAGCGAAGGUUAUAGUAGCUAUGGAAACGAUGCGACGGGAGUUGGUUUAAAAGUAAAGAGGAGAAAUAUUGUGUCUUACACCAUCAUGUUAAACGAAUCCCUCAACAUUUGUGAUGGAGCCAAAAGCGGUUGCGCUGCGUUUGAUGCCAGCAGCUAUGAUUGUCUUACGUUUAACACGUUAAAGGCCAGAUUAUCAUCUUAGUGAAAGUUUAUAUGAGUAUAUUUUGCUUGUGAAAAAAAGUGCCGAUGCGUGCCAAGUUGCCAAAACCACGUGUUUUGGCCGUUUCUUCGAAGAUAGAAAUGUGGCCAUAAAAAGACUGAAACUUGUAAUGGUUAGCCAAACAGUUUUCGGUCAGCGGAGGAAUUUUGUAUAUCCGUUGUAAAUUGUGUGUAAUGUGUAUAUGCGUGUAAAUAUAUACAUACUGGGUGCUGUACAGAAUGUUCACCAGUUUGAUGUGUACAUACGUGAAUAAAAACAAA